CCCAGCAAGGCUGCGGGUGCCACACACUGUUCGGUUGGCCAGAUCAGCUCUCAGGUCUGAUACCAGACGGUUCCCAGGAUGAAGGGGACCUGGGGCAGGGAAGAAUGAAGCUGAGACGCAGAGUAUCGCUUUGGUGCCUCUGUCUGCUUUGUACCUACAGCCUUCUCUAAGGAUAGGUCUCAACUGUGAUCCAAACUCAUUAAGAACCAGGAGGCAGAAUGGCAUCCCAGUUGCACGUGUCAAGGAGCUCUGCAGAACCAGGAGGCAGAACACCAUCCCAGGUGCACUCAGCAAGGAGCUCUGCAGAACCAGGAGGCAGAAUACCAUCCCAGGUGCACUCAGCAAGGAGCUCUGCAGAACCAGGAGCCAGAAUAACAUACCAGUUGCACUCGUCAAGGAGCUCUGCAGAACCAGGAGCCAGAAUAACAUCCCAGUUGCACACAUCAAGGAGCUCUGCAGAACCAGGAGGCAGAAUAUCAUCCCAGUUGCAAACAUCAAGGAGUUCUGGAGAUGAAGCAAAAGAUGCUGAACUCAAAAAGGAAAGACCCUACAAGAUCUUUUUCAAAGAUCUCUUCCUUUUCAAAGAAAAUGAAAUUGCUGCAAGGAAAAGGGAAAGAAUGAAGACCCACAGCAUGCAUAUCUACCAGAAGACGACAUUUUCGUCCCGAAUGAAGAGUCGCUCACACCUUGGCCAGCUGGCUUUUUUUGCGGAGGCAGGUAGCAGCUCCUAUGAAAAGCUGGGGCUAGACCCCACUCUGAUCCUCAGACUGACAGAAGGCGCGGACAGAAAGAGGACCGUCCACGAGUUUAUUAACGACCAACGAGACAGAUUUCUACUUGAGUACGCAGUGUCGACUAAGAAAAACACAAUCAAAAGGUUCGAAAGACUCAUAGCCACGAAAGAAAGUCAACUCAAAAAAGCCGAGAAAAAGCUCCAAGAUGAUGCCUUGUCCUUUGAAGAGUUCCUACGAGAAAACGACCAGAGAUCUGUAGACGCUCUCAAAAUGGCAGCCCAAGAAACAAUAAACAAACUCCAAAUGACAUCAGAGCUCAAGAAAGCAGUCAUGGAAGUUCAAGCAAUAAAGAGUGAAAUAGCAAAAACAGAGUUCCUCCUCAAGGAGUACAUGAAAUAUGGAUUUUUCCUGCUGAAGUUGUCUCCGAAACAAUGGCAAGUACAGCAAUCGCAAAAAAGAGUCCAGUCAUCCAAAAGUAACCAGGUUCUUCCAAAAAUCUUGGAAAAAUUCUCAAUAUGUACCAGUAAAAGAAAUAACAGCACCGACUCGGACAGGCUAUCGUUUUCAGAAGAUCGCAGUUCAAAGAGAGGAAGCCUAGGAGGAAGACGUAGGAAAUCUACUUUGGGCCAAGACUCUAGGAGGUCAUCCGUGUUAGCUCGGCCUGAGAGCAUUGCCUCGGAGGACAGUUUGGAGUACUUUAUAGAGGACGAGAUAGUGGAGUUUGAUCUGAUGCCAGAGAUCUAUUUCAAGGAGCCGGAGGAGUUACUGCAGGUCCUCACGGAGCUGGAAGAGCAGAAUCUCACCUUGGUCCAGUAUUCCCAAGAUGUGGAUGAGAAUCUCGAAGAUGUCAACAAAAGAGAACGAUUUAUACAGGAUAAGAUAAACAACAACAUCUCGUUCCUUCUGGAGCAUAAGAACAUGCUUAAGGUGAGCUGUGAACGAGAGGAGGAGAAGGCUGCAGAGUUGGAGCUGAGGUCCAGGCUCUUCAACUUCGGAGAAUUCAAUUCCGAUGCUCAGUUUUCAGAUCCACAAGACACGCCAACCACCACUGCUGUUUCUUGGAAUGCGAAUCCAAAGCCACCAAGUUGGGGCUCACACCACAUUGACCGCUGCGAACUUGAUGUUUAGACAGAGGCGGAUCGAGGAAUGGGCUGCGUUAGGAAACGUGACCAGCCUCCCCUACCUACACACAGGCAGGAUUACUUACAAGCAAAAGCUUCGGCAGGAAAUGUGUUGACUGCAGCAGCUCAGUUCUCCGUUUUUGUUUUUAAUCAACCAUUUCUUUUAAACGGUGGUACACUGUACAAAAAGACUUGCCGCCUAACCGUCCUGAGUGCGCAAUUCAACGGCAUUUCAACCUUCAUGUAGCAUAACUGUGACCACGGGGCUGCUUCCAGAACCUUUCCGUCACCACUUAAGCAUAAAGCUGAACGUCUUGACCACUUUUUAAAAGGUACAGUUUGGUGGUGUUAAAUCCGUUCACAUUGCUUUGCAGCCAAUCUCCAGAAUGCCUUUCAUCUUGUACAAGAAAAGCAGCACACUCUUUUAACGCGAGCUCCCGGUCCCUUCGCUGCUCACCAUCUGCUUCUUUGACUCUCUGAGUUCAACUCUUCUACAGGUCUCAUAUAAGUGGAUUUGAGCAGUGUGUGUCGUUUAAUGUCUAGCUUGUGUCACAAAGCAUCAUGUUCUCUGGGUUCAUCCACACCGUGGCGUGUGUCAGGACUGUGUUGAAUAUUCUCUCUUCUGCACUGUACUUUGCCUACUGUACCAACUGACACUCACCUGAUGGACGCUUGUGUUGUUUCUAUCCAACUCUUAAAUAAUUCUGAAGCUGAUCAACUGUUAAGUAAGAGAUAAAUUAUCUUUGCUAUCUAACGGUAUCCAUACCACAACCAAACCACUUUAAUCUCAGUUUUAGGGUAACUAUUGGGGGCGGGGAGGCAUCUUCAAUACUUUUAAACAUUGAGUCAACCAAGAGAAGGGAGAAUCUAGUUUGUGAAAAGCCCAGGGCUCAAUUCCCAGAGAACAGAGACUUGAUUUAAAAGUUCCUUAAGGGGGUUGGGGAUUUAGCUCAGCGGUAGAGCGCUUGCCUAGCAAGCACAAGGCCCUGGGUUCGGUCCCCAGCUCCAAAAAAGAGAAAAAAAAAAAGUUCCUUAAGAUAUCCAUAAACUAACAAUCAUAAGUAUACGUUUGUACAAUUUGCAGGCACACUCUGGAGAAUGGGGUUAAUAACUUAUGGUCUUUCAAGAAUAUACAGUGUGGGAUAUGGAGGGAGAAAAAAAAUGGGAGAAUUAGAAGGGUUUUGUUUUGAGGAUCGUUGUUAGGCAGCAUCUCAUUAUCCAAAGCUAGCUUCAAACUCACUGUGUCCUUGAGGAUGACCUUGAAGCUCUCCUCCUGCACCACCCCUUUGAGGCUGGGAUUCCAAGCAUAUACCACCACACCCAGUUUCAUGCAGUUCUGGGCUACCUCACACACACAGUAGACUAGCAGUAACGCAGAGGUUCUCUGCCUUCCUAACGCUGUGACCCUUUAAUACGGUUCCUCAUGUUGGGGCAAUCCCCAACCACAAAGUUAUUUCUGUUGCUACUUCAUAACUGUAAUUUUGCUACUGUUUUGCAUCGUAAUAGAAAGAUCUAAAAUGCAGGAUAUUGGAUAUGAGACCCCCAUGAAAGGGUCAUUCAGUCCCUUGAAAGGGUCACAGGAGACCCACAGGUUAAGAACCAGUGCACUAAACCAAUUAAGCUGCACCCUCACCCAGGCCCAGAGAAAACUAUUAUAUUCUUCUUAGUUUUCCUGUUUCCUCAACCCUAUUUUCUUCAAAUCUUAAAAUAUACAACACAAAAUCCUUUAUGAAUAAACAUAAAUCCCUAAUUUUUAAGUCCCCCACUUCAGAUUUAUUAAGGACUAUGAAGGACACCUAAUUUUGGUAUCCAUAAAUAAUUAGGGAAUUCAAACCUACAACAAUGAGUAUUUUUAUUCUUUUAAAACAUCCACAAGCUAGACAGUGGUGGCACAUGCCUUUAAUCCCAGCAGUUGGGCCGCAGAGGCAGGUGGAUUUCUUAGUUUGAGGUCAGCCUGCUCUACAGAGUGAGUUCUAGGACAGCCACGGCUACAUAGGAAAACAAAAACAAACAAACAAACAACCCCUCAAAACCUUCACAAUUACAAAGGCAUUCAAUCCUUAAAAUUUUCCCAAUUCAAUAUUUUUAAAAUAAAAAUUUAAACUCCAAAUUAUCAUGAGAAACAUGUAAAUAAAUUUAUCUCUUGAGGAAUCUUCUCAGAGUGAACCCAGCCCCCGGCAGGCCACAGAUGGUGAAUAAAUGACUCCUACAGGAACCCCACCCCAGUCUCUCCAUCCUCAAAAGUGAUCACUGUUCUGGUUUCUCACCAUCAAUUAGCUUUGCUGUCUUGAACUUCAUAGAAAUGGAGUUAUGCCCUCUAAUGGCUUUUCCCUCUCAUAAUGUUUAUGGCAUCCAUUCACGUGGUUUUCAGAGGCAACGAUGAUUUGCUUUUAGAGACCUUGGAAUGGAAUGUUGGCCCCUGGUUCGGUUAGCUGAAUUUGGUUGUCUCUAGUUUUAUGUGUGUGCGCACUGAAGGAGCUCCCGAGGUUCAGUUGGGAACGUGCAUAGUCAGUACACCACAGAAAAGAGGAUGGAUUGAAGUACAGACUGCUGAGAAAGAACACGUGAUGACAUCCAGACAGCCCUCCAGUUUGCUCUGGUCCCAACAGGUCCCGUUCACUGUCAACAGACACCUGAGUUACCCUGGUACUCAGUCUUGGAUCCAUCUUCCUGCCCACUGGCCCUGGUGAACUCAGCCUGCUGCAACGGUCUCCAAUUUGUGUGGUUCUGGUCUGAGCCCGCCCUCUAGUGGCAGGUUAAAGGACCCAUUUGCCCAUCUCUCCUGCCUCCUGCCACGGUUUCCUUUGCCCUUUAGCUGUAUUGGACCAGGAAGUCAUCCUCAUUUUCAUAGUAAGCCAUCUUCCUUCAUUCCUUCUCUUAGUUCUUAAUCUGUUUUCAUCUUGUAGUUCCCUCUCCUGUUUAAUGAGGGGACUAAAAAAGACAAAAAAAAAAAAAAAGAAAUAAAGAAAAGGCUCCAUCUAAAGUCUCUGUCCAUCCUUGACUCUGUGUUUAAGUCUCUUUCCAUCAAAAAGGACAUGUUCCUACCAGUUUUUCUUAAAACGUGCAUUAAAUACUUGAAAUUCCCAUGUACAUUAGGGCAAAAUAACUCUUUUCUUCAAGAAAAAAAAUAUAACCCAGGUGGCCUAGCCCAAGCUGCCCCACUCUUGUGGCAAUCACUGUCCUAGCCCAUGUGCUAGGGUUACAAACAUAAGCCACAUCUUCUACCAAGAUUCCUCCUCCUCCUCUUCUUCUCUUCUCAUUUUUAAUACAAAGUGUGUUGCCCCCUUGGUGGGGUUCUUCGAUUUCUUUCUUUUUAUAUUUGUCUGCCCUUUAGCCAUCUCCAAGAUCUCUAAGAAAGUGCGGAGGUCUAUAAAUAGGAAACAAAGUAAGCGCUAUGCUAGAGGAGGAAACUGUGGCAAACAGGAUUUAUGGUUUACUUUUGUUAUUUUAUUUCUGUAAGUUUUAAGUUUUAAAGGGAAAGGCUGUCCUUUUAAUAUAAAUGAAAACAAAGUAUUUAGAAAGCGAGAAACUAGGAGCUUUGUAAUAAACAGGAUCUUUGGAACAUCUGUUAAAGCAAGAAGUGGGAGCAACAAGCUGUUGGAAGUUGCAGACCUUGGCUUUACGUGAUGGCGGCUGUGAGGCCUUUAUGGUUCCAGGAUGGGUCUCCCCAGUGGAGGGAGUCACAUCAGCCUUGGGUGUGUUUUUCUUGACUUUAUGGUGAUUCUCAUCUUCUUGAGCAGAAGCCUGUAAUCAUGAGGCAGGAACCUUCAUGGAAAUCGAUUUACUUUGCUGAGAAGUUUAUUGAGUUUCUUGACGAAUAUCAGACAGCCAAAGCCGAUAUCGGAUGACCCCUUUCAUCUCCCAAGUUACAUUAUCUACCAGCUCAAGAGACUGCAAAAUCAAGUAAAACAUCGAAGUGUCGAGGUACAGGGAUUGGCGGGCUUCGGC